UUGUUCCGCGUGAAUGCGCUGUGGAAGGCUCCUGGUGGUGGUUGCAUUCAAGGCGGCGACAGAAAAAACAAGCGAGGAUUGCUUGAACAGAACAGUCGGCAAUUUUCACCACUCACCGCCCCUCCACAAAAAACUGCAGAAGACGCCAUUUAAUGUACUUAAACAUCCGUUGGUUGAUUAAGUUACUUUUGCCAGGCGUCUUAUUCCUGGGGUCGUGCAGUCAGUCAGUCAGUCAGUCAGUCAAGAGAGUGUCGCCGUUUCUCCCUGAAGCCAACACUAAGGGGGACUCCAUGAAAGAUGACAGAGGAGGUGAUUGUUGUAGCCAAGUGGGACUACACAGCCCAGCAGGACCAGGAACUUGACAUUCGAAAAAACGAGCGCCUGUUCCUGCUGGACGACUCUAAAACAUGGUGGCGUGUCCGCAACACCGCCAAUCAGACGGGCUACGUGCCGUCCAACUACGUAGAGCGCAAGAACAGCCUGAAGAAAGGCUCACUGGUGAAGAACAUCAAGGACACGCUAGGUUUGGGAAAAACAAAGAGGAAAACGAGUGCCCGCGAUACUUCGCCGACCCCGAGCUCCGACACGGAAUAUCCCUCCAACGGUAGCGGCCCCGUCGGGGGAAUGGGAGGAGGUGGCGGCGGCGGCGGAGGGGCCGCGGAGAGAAUCAACGACCUCAACAUCCCCGCUGUGGUCAAGUUUAGCUACACGGCAGGGAGGGAUGACGAGCUGACCUUGAUGAAGGGCUCCCGGGUGGUGGUGAUGGAGAAGUGCAACGACGGGUGGUGGCGAGGCACCCAGGCGGGACGUGUGGGCUGGUUCCCUUCCAAUUACGUGCAGGAGGAGAUGGUAGGGCCAGAUGACAGAGGGGAGGGGGAUUCGUCACGGAUAUACAGCACUCAAGGGACCAUGCUGGCCAACGGGAGCGCCGGCGGCGUGCUGGACCUAGUGCAGACCCUCUACCCCUUCAGCUCCGUCACGGAAGAGGAGCUCAAUUUUGAGAAGGGCGAGGUCAUGGAGGUGAUGGAGAAGCCGGAGAACGACCCUGAGUGGUGGCGCUGUAAGAACUCGCGUGGCACGGUGGGCUUGGUUCCUAAAAACUAUGUGAUGGUGCUGGACGAGCGACCCGGCCCACCGUCCUCCACGGCCGUGUCGCCGCGCAACCGCCGCGUGGCGGCGGCGCGGUCGGGCCGGUUCGCCGGGAGGGACUGGUACUACGGCAACAUCACCCGACACCAGGCCGAGCGCAUCCUUAACGAGAGAGGCGACGACGGCGACUUCCUCGUACGAGACAGCGAGUCGUCGCCCAGUGACUUCUCAGUGUCUCUGAAAGCGCCGGGCAAGAACAAGCACUUUAAAGUGCAGCUGUGCGACGGAGUCUACGGCAUCGGCCAGCGCAGGUUCACUUCCAUGGAGGAGCUGGUGGAGCACUACAAGAAAGCUCCCAUCUUCACCAGCGAGCACGGGGAAAGGUUGUACCUGGUCAAAGCACUGCUGUGAAACACACACACACACACACACACAAACAAACACUGCUCCCUGACUGUCUCAUGACUCAAGCCUUAUCUGGACAUCCUCUGGUGGUAUCCACACUGCAUCCACAUCCUCUGCCGCCCCCUUGUGGCCAUCAGGUGAAGCUCCCAGCAGGUGACCACUGAGGCCCUCCCGUGGGGGGGUCCUGAAGGUCUCUGAUGUCAUACACGUCAUAUUGGAGUAUGACCUAACACCACUGCUCUUAAACACAGUUGAAAAAGAUCACAACUAGCUGUUGAUUUUUCUUUUCCCGGUUUUUUUUUUUUUUGCUUUCCUUUGUUUGAUUUUACUUCUUCAUCAAAGGUGUCAGUCAUUACAAUGACUUCAGUAAUUGACCAGAAUCACUCGCUUGCCUUCUUGUCGCAUCCGUUUUUAUUUGAAAUCUUUUUUUUCAUUUUCCACGUUAUCCCUGUGCAGUCGACCCCAAUGACACUAUUCAUAACUGUGGCAAAUAUUGAGUUCCAAUUUACCCCCCCCAAUUAUUCAUAAGCACUACUCAUUAUGAUUUAAAGUCCAAGCCUAUUCUUAACCUGAACACAUAAGUCAUUGAUCAUCUUAAAACGUUUUGAUGAACUGCAAAGGCCAAAUUACUCAUAACCUGAACUCAAUUUGAGUUGAAAUCAUUGACAAAUUAUUCAUAACCUGGGCUUUUUUUUUCAUAUUUACAAAUCACAUAUUCAUAACUUUGGGGCUGAAUUUUGCAUAGCCUGUACACAAUUUUAGUUAGCAUUAAGUCCAAAUUAUUCACAACAUGAACAUAUUGUUAAAAAUGUCAAAAGGUGAUAAGAUAUACUAAGAUAGUUUGGUUUAUCAAGAAUUCUUUUUAGAAAUUGUCUCAAGUUUUCUAAAGCCACACAACAAACAAAUUUGGAUAACAGUUAUUUGUUUUCAUUGCAUUUUUUCAGGAACUGUUAUAACAAGCUCUUGGUAUGUCUAAUAAUGGACUCUUGCUCUAGAUGUUCAAGUUCCCAUAGUACAAAAAUAUGUGUUGACUUCAACUCCUGUUUCAAAGUAAAAAAAAAAAAAAACAUUAAAAAAAAUGGACUUUUUCCCCCCACAUCUGUAACACAACUUACCCUUUAACAAAUACAAAUUCCAUCCAAAUGUGUGGGGUGCUAAAAAUGAUUUCUUGUUCGGUUAAUCGGUCUAACAAAAUGUGGUCACCCAGUCUUAAGGGCAUCACUGUACUCAUCCGCUCAUCAGUGUGUCAACUUAUUGUGAAAGCCUGCUUAAGUUCAUGAAAGCAUUUGGAUCCACUUCUACUAAGAAAUGCAGUAAUGAGAUGGGGCUGAUUGUCGAAAAUGGUCUUUCAGGGGCCAUUACAUGUGCCAAAUGUUUGUCUCCGGUGCGUCCCGGCAUCACAAGUAAACACUACUCGUUUGGUUCCGAGCCAACCUAAACAUUUGCUUCAUUAAUUAAGUCUUGUCCAACCAAGCACACAUUCUUUGGAUUGUUUGGUUUGUUUACCGAUGGAAGUGUUGAGGGUUGGUUCACUUUUUUUUUUAAUUGUUACUAUAUAGGAUCUAUCUGAAUGUUAUUGAACAUUGUUAUUUAAUUCUUGUCUCCACCGUAUGUAUAUAUUCCCAAAUAGGACACCAAGCGCUCGGUCAUCCAACUUUGGUACUGUAUCACGGACAAAGUGAUGACAAUUGUUCAAUAAAAGUUUUUUGAAAGAA